CAAGUCCCCGUCAGCUGUUCGAUUCCCAUAUCCAGAUCAUACGAUUUCAACACGCCGAAUGGUGAGCUCGUAAACGUUUGUCUUCCUUCAGCCCUUCCUUUUUUGGCCAAAUUUUCCAAAUUUCAAAUUGUAAAACGCUAAAAUCCUCUAAAAUCAUAUAGUUGGGAUGAGUGUGAUGCAGUUUGGGCCCCGUUCUCUGCUGGCUCAGCGCAAGUCGGCCGCGCUAACGAUAACGCGCUUGGCGGAGUCAUGGCAAAACCUCGAACUUCGUCGGCGGCGAGUGGAAGAAAGGAAGAAGGCUGAAGCUGAAAUGAAGGAGUGCUACAAGUCGAUCCGUCGAACGGAUCAUCGCUGCAACCAGCCACGCCUCGCGGCCCUGCACGACGAAUGCCUCGAUCCCUGUGACCUGGCACCCUUGCCCCUGGACAUGGAGCACUACACGCCCAGCGAUAAGAACCGCAAGUACCAGCGCACCUGGUGCGAGUGCUAUGCUCUGCCCAUGAAGUUUAUCAGUCAGAACAGAUGCUAUCCCAAUCGACCGCGCAGAAAACUAAAUCGGGGUACUUCCUCUGGCGUUUGCGUGGAGGCCACAACUCCUAAGGGCUUGCAACGCAGUAAGCCAGAGAAGCUCGUCGAGGUGCAGCGAAUGGGCAAGUGGCCCUGCUGCAAGCUGGUCGCACCCGGCUGUGAACCUGCCCGGGCAGAUCCCAACUGUGGGCAAGGUCGUCCACCCACCUGUUGCAAGAAGCGGCGCACCCAGUAUCCUAGUUUCUCGGAGUGCCAGCCAGUGGGUCUGCUCGAACCCAUUCCACCCUGCGAGUGCAUUAAGCAGGCCAACCUGUGUGACGUGUGGACCUACUGGCAGCGUUACCACAACAAGUGAUCUGAAGCCGCAAACUUUUAGGAUUUAAUCAUUUUGAGGACGAGCUUGAAGGAAACCACGUGAGCGUUGCCAUUGAGAAGAGUGAGAUUUGCACGGGUUGACUCAAUUGACUGAAGGAUACAAAUUUUUAACCUUUAUAUCUGAUCCGUAAGCAUUAUUCAUUAUGGACAAUUAAAGAAAAUCCUUAAGUGCAAGUGUAGUCUGAACCAAUAAAGAAGCAACUAUAAUCGUGCAUUCGAAAGUUU